AUGCGGUUCCGAACACAAUUAACAGACAGCAGGACCUUCUCCACGUCACUAUCCUCGCUAGGCAAGGUAUGUUGGAUGCGCCUGGAGUACGAGGUGAUCCGUUUUACCAUCAUACCCGACCAAGGCACACAAGUUUGGGCAUCAAUACCAGUGGCAACCAUUUUCGAUGACACAACCUACGAGUUAGAAUCAAAUUCCGACGCUAUCAAUAUCGAAGUCAACAUCAGCGUUCUAAACCGAGCCCUACGUUCCGCCUGGGGCUCAACGCAUACACAGCUCCGCCUAACUAAAAAAGACAAAACCCCACUGUUGGCACUAACAGUCCUGGCAUCAGAAUGGACAGACGGAAACAUGGCAUUAGCCACCAACAAGGACGCAGAUGGCUUUGGCGGCAACCCAAACACACCAGCUCCAGCCGACACGACAGGCGAUCGAGGACCACGCGAGCGCCAGACAUGGAUCACGCAAGAAAUACCAAUUAAGAUCCUUCACGAGUCAACGGUCGAAGGCCUGCAUGAGCCGCACUGCCCAGACCCCGAAGUACACAUCAUUCUACCCAAUCUGGCGCAGUUGAAGAGUAUCUCUGACCGCUUCACGAAACUCGCGUCCACAGAUAGCAAAGGCCGACAACCGGGCGUGAUGGCGCCCGAUGCGCCGGGGAUGCACUCUGUUUCUUUUAGCGGACCGGGCACCAACGCAGCUGCCACUGCACUGUCCACCAACUCGUCUCCCAAGCUUGAAUUAUCUGCUAAUAUGCAUGGCUCGCUACGACUGGCUAUUGCUACGGAUGAGCUGCGCAUCGCAAGUGUCUGGUCUGAUCUCGUGAACCCACCGUUGGACCCUGCGCAGAUGAGCGAGGAGCAGAUGAGCCAGCUUCCCAGUGAGCUUAAUCGGAGGCGAGAGGUGAGUGAGGGAUUUGAGUCCGGUUGGGCUAAGGUGCGGAUUGAUGGAAAGGAUUGGAGUCGGGUUCUCAGUAUUGGGAGACUGAGUCCCAAGGUUGUUGCCUGUAAGUCUCUUCGAUGGUUGAUACCUUGA